ACUCUUUGAAAUUUCGCAAUAAUUAGCCAGACUGGCCUCAGAGUCUAUGAGAAGUCUUGAAGAACGACUGAUAGAACUGUGUAUGAAAUAUGAGACAUUUUCUUUGGUCUUCAAUACUAGGCCUGGACUUUCUUUCGGAGGACUUGAUUGGCCUAUUUCCAUUUGACACCACCUUUGAUGGUGAGGUUAUCGUCAUUGACAAUCCCAACCAAAUUCGGCGUAUCGAACGAAUAUCUCCCCGCAGUGAAAAUGUUUUGAAUGCGCCUGGAAGCAAGUCAGGCACUCAAAAAGCAUCGGAAAUUUCAGUAGAGCGUCUUUGUGACACAGAUUUUGAUUGACAACAAUUUUUGACAGGAGGGAAAAUGUUUCCUUAUCUCAUUGAAGAGAGGGAGUCGUCGAAGAAAUUAUCCAGAAAUCCGUCACCGAAGAGGAGUUUGGCCAACGACGACAGAGCAGGAGAUACCAUCAACAGGUUGGGACAAAAUGUAUUUACGCCGAGAUAUCAAAAUUCCAGAUCACCAGUUUCUAGUCCACCGAAAUCACCAACAAGCAAAAAGCCACCGAAAAUCAAAAGAGAAUCCAUGUUUGACUACAAAUCAGAGGCUGCCAGAAAGGUAGAAAUGAUAGCUAGAGGAAGGGAAGAGAGGCGUCAGAAGCAGGCGGAUGAAAGAGCGAUUAGGGAUCAGAUGAACCACCUAGAGCAGAACAACCCAAAUUGGGAAUUUGAGCAGAUGAUCAACGAAUAUAAAAGCUCGCUGGAUUUCAGACCACUCAGAGAAAGCGAUCCAGUUGUUGAGAACCAGAUCACUGUGUGUGUCAGAAAGAGACCGUUGAACGAAAAAGAAAUCAACAGGAGAGAGCUUGAUGUGAUCUCAGUCCCUACGAAGAACCAACUGAUCGUCCAUGAGCCCAAACAAAAGGUGGACCUGACCAAAUACCUGGAAAACCAGCACUUUCGUUUUGACUAUGUGUUCGACGAGUCUUGUUCUAACGAUCUGGUGUACAAAUUCACCGCCAGACCUUUGGUGAAAACCAUCUUUGAGGGAGGCAUGGCCACAUGUUUUGCCUAUGGGCAGACUGGAUCAGGAAAAACGCAUACCAUGGGUGGAGAGUUCAGAGGAAAGCAGCAGAAUUUUAAGAAUGGCAUAUAUGGUCUUGUAGCACAGGAUGUAUUCCGAUAUCUGACCCACCCCAAGUAUGCAAGAAUGAAUUACAGUGUUUCAGCCAGCUUUUUCGAAAUAUACGGCAAACUAGUAUUUGACCUGCUGGCGAAAAAACAACGCCUGCGUGUUUUGGAGGAUGGUAAGCAACAAGUUCAAGUUGUUGGAUUGACUGAAAAAGUGGUUAAUAAGGUAGAACACGUUUUCGACUUGAUCCAAAAAGGAAGUUUGGAAAGAACGUCCGGACAAACGUCAGCAAACUCAAAUUCCUCACGAUCUCACGCAGUCUUCCAGAUAAUACUAAGACGGUCAGGUUCCAGGCAAAUUGAAGGAAAGUUCUCUCUCAUAGACCUCGCUGGGAACGAACGAGGGGCUGACAAUAAUAAAUCCAAUAGGCAAACAAGGAUUGAAGGAGCCGACAUCAACAAAAGUUUGCUGGCACUGAAAGAGUGCAUACGGGCGCUCGGAAGGAAAGGAGCGCAUCUUCCGUUUAGGGGAAGUAAACUGACGCAAGUGCUGCGAGACUCAUUCAUAGGCGAGAAGUCCAGGACCUGCAUGAUCGCUCUCGUCUCUCCAGGGAACUAUUCCGUAGAUCAUUCUUUGAAUACUCUCAGAUAUGCUGAUCGGGUAAAGGAGCUGAUAGCGAACGACAGCCUGGAAAUGGAAGCCGGUGACGAAGUGCCGAUGGCCCUUCAGGAGGAUGACAACUCCGAGGAGGCGUACGACGUGGACGAAGAAAUGCUGAAGGCUGAGGAAAAGCGGUUACAGAUCUCCUCGCUUGAAUGGGAGCUGCGAGAGAGUCAGCGGCAUGUUAUACAGAGCUGUGUCAAUUUUCAUGAUAUGGCCUGUGAUCUUUAUAACUCUGCCGAUACUAACGGAUUCGACAGAGUGCACUACGCUAAGAAAUGGCGAAACUUAUUGAACGAGAUCGUCGACAUACAAAAAGGCGCCCUGAUAAAAGCCACUGAAUUUGUUAACGCCAUUGAGGGUUCUUGAAUUGUACCUUAUGUGCAGAUUGUUUUUGCGAUGUAUAUGUGCAUGUUUUUUUGAUGUAAAGCUUUACAAUGAUUUUACAAUAAAAUGAUAUAUCAACGAAACACAUUGAAUUAUUGAGGGCAUAUCUUUUCCUUCAGGAUCGGCGUCUAAGUGAUUAUUAUUAUAGAAUGUUGAGAAUCUACCAAUGGUUUUAUUAAAUGAUUUCAGUGCGUAUACCUAUAGCAAAGCGUAGAUAACAAUCAGCUAAGAAACUCUCCUUCCAGUGUCAAAAUCGGCCUCCAUUUCGGCGGGAAAAUCGCAUGUGGAUUCCCCUAGUACAACGAUGAAAGAGAUUUUAGUGUUAAUCAGCAGCCGACAUUGCCACGUAUCAUGCCAGCGGCCGCAGAUAUUCUUUGCAAUCGUAAAAUGAUAAUAUU